GUUAUGAUUUAAGUUACUUAAAUAUCGGACCAAUUUUUGGUCAAGAUAUAUGAAUUUAAAAUGACACUAACUUUUCUGUGUUGUUUAAUUUAGCUGAAGAGAGACUUUAACAAGAUAACUGGGUUCAGAUGUGCUGAUGCACUGUCCAAACUGAAAGCAUUAGCCCCCAAAAUCGUCGAAUAUGGCUCACAGUUUCCUACGAUGAAGAAGCUAGUAUGCAGUUAUGAUAUAAAUCAGGAGGAUAAUCAACCAGAAAGUAGGUCCUAAUUAUGAAAAGGCGUUUCAUUAUUUACAGAAUAGCAAUACGAAUUUGAACUACCGUGUAAUGUUCUUUAUGUUAACAUGUGGACAAUAAGAUGACAACUGUAUAGUAUUUUCCCAACGCUUGAAAAUACCAGUAAAAAUACGUCAAUAACAGAAUACACAUUAAAUUCACAUGAAAAACAGAAAUAUAAGCGAAGUUUCAACGUCGCUCAUAAUGAGGGAAAGGCGAGGAAUUUUGGUUGUGACGUUGUUGUGUGUUGACUUGCGAGCGUGACUCAUGCCCAAUACGAGAAAUUGGGGGUAACGCCACAUUAUUUUAUUCCGCAGCUGAAUUGUGAAUACUUAUUGUUGAAUUAUUUUCUUUUAUCUGUUAAAAUCAACUUAAGCAAUUCAAGAGGCUGUAGCAAUAGUCUUGUUACCGAAAAUUCUCAAAGACAAGAAGGACAGUUUGUUCUUGAAGAUUGUUGAUGUAAGUUAACUCUGUUUUCUCGCACUUACACUACACAAGAACUUUUAACGCAUUCACCAAUUGGCAAUGCAAAUUGGGUUCCGAACCAAUCAAAUUACAAUUAACUAUUUGCACUGCGAAUAUUCCUCCUGCAUAAUUACGUAUUCUUGCGGUGCUUGACCAUUAAAACCAGAAUGCUUAGCGAGAUUUUUAACAAGCAUGAAGAUAGCAGAUAUUCGCUAUAAGCAUUCUGGUUGUAGAGGUCACGUACAGGAAGAAAACGUCAUGCAUAAGGCAUAUUCGCAAUGCAAAUGUAUACAUGAUCAUGAUAUUCGACUAGUUCAGAACCUCAUUUGCAUUGGAAAUUGCAUUAAUUAAAAGUUGUUUAGUGUAAAGGCGGAUUUCCAGUCCUCGCGCAUUUAGCUAUUCACAUGCUUUACAUGCGUGCUUGCUUCCAAUCACAAUGCUCAAUAGUCAUAAUGCUCAACAAUUUUAAUUAGAUGCAAGCACUCGCACCGAGCUGCGAGAACUGCCUUAAGUAGGAGCAAAUUAUGCCACGCACUGUAUCGAUAAUCUGACAAAAUUCGUGGGCCGCGGUUAUUCUGGUUCAGAAACAUAAUCCCUUUCCCCCUGUUUAAUGUUGCCAGCUUAUACACACUUCUCAAUGCCACUGAUAAUAUUAUAAUAUUGCAUGCAUAAGCCACCAACAGAACUUUUCUUUUAUAUUUGAUCGCCAUGUGGCAUGUGCAGCACAUUCACACAUAAUAUAUUUUUGCUUUCUUUGCAGGAGAAUGAGGAUAUUGAUAAAGUCAUCAGCGAGACAACUACGCCAAGAAUUGUGGGUGUUGGCAAGUCACUUGAUCCCAUUUACAUCGCUAUUGAGGGUGAUAUCAUUGGUGGACCAUUAAAAACUCACUCGUUACUUGAGGUCCCAAUAAUUUUAGUUGCGGCAUAUUACGCAUUUAAUAUCCAGUACCCGUCAUCUUGUAAUGUUUACCCUUUUCUUGAGGCUAUUUUGUUCGACAAUAACCACAUCAUAAAGAAUAAGGUUGUUGUCCACAAGGUCAUCACUUGCUUAAAAGGGAAAUAAAGUGGAGAAAGACUUCGAGAACUUUAUCAUAGCGUAUUAGCCGUUGACACGUUAGCCACUUAUACUUUAUGUUAUACACAUGUUACAGUUGUCAGUCUUUGUUCAUCAUUUGUGACAAGACAAUAAAUUAUUUAAAGUAGAUAUUUCAUUUAGUUUCAAUCUUCUUAGUAGGCAAUAUGCUGUUUUUUCUAAGUUUAUUAUACGCAUAAAAGUGAACUCGCAUAUAUGUAAAUCCCCUUUUGGACAACUUUUCUUUUGCUUUUUAUGGAUUCCUCUGAUCGGGUGUUUGUUUUAAUUUUAAAAAUGUAAGAAAGGAAUCUGUUAAGAAUUAUAUAGUUUAUG